AUGAAAAUUUACAGUACUGCAAUCGUUCACGAUGUAAUCUUGGUUGAAAAAGACAGCAGCAGCAGCAGAAGCAACAGCAGCAGCUUUGAAGAGGUCACUUUCAAACUUGCAAAAACUUUAUCAUCAUAUCUUGCAGCUUUGCACGAGUACGCCUCGGCCUACUCUGCUAUAACGCUUCGAUCGCCAGUAUCAAUCACAGAUAGUCAUGUACUCACCAAGACUAUAAGUCAAGCACAAAAACGACUAAGCUCGGGAUCCACAUCAUUCAGAGCCACUUUUAAUGGAGAAGAUAGUUUGCUUGAAAAAAAGUCUACUUCUUCCUCUGAUAAAUCAAAAGCUCAAUCGAAAUUUUCAGGGCGACAUCUCAAAUUAAUGGGGAAUUUCCAUUUGUUGUCUGGGAGGUAUAGUGAUGCAUUACAAAGUUUUUCUGAUUGCCUUGCAAUUUUGAAGCGGCACGACGAUUACCUUUGGUUAGGGAGUGCAUUGGAAGGACUCGCUGUGAGCUGUUUUUUAUUAGAUUACUUUGGCAUUACAUACCAAUUGAGUCCUUCUCUAGGGUCAACUUUGCAUCUUACCAAGGCCUCGCUCGCAGAAAAUAACGGAGCAAUAAAGAAAACAUCGUUUGAGUCGUCUAAUGGAUCUAAAUUAUCAAUUGCAUCUCCAAGAAACUCUCUAAGUUCCAACGGGUUUGGUUUGCCUUUGUCCUCCUCCUCCUUCACCACUAUUGACGCAAACUCGUUGCCAUUACUUGAAUUGCUCAAAUUGGUUCUCACAAAGGCAAUUUACUACUAUAGCCAAAGUACUUGUGAUCCAGAAAAUAUGGUGCCAGACGUAGUUUACAUUGAUUGUAUCUUGAGAAAAUUGAGUUUGAUGGUUGGGUGCAAAACAAGAAAAUCAGUUGAUCCAGUAAUGGAUGAUAUUUUUACACGAGAGACUAGUGAUAGCAAUACUUUUUCAAACCAAGAUAUCUUGUGCGACAUUGACAAAGUUUUCUUAUUGCAGUUGGUAGACUUGAAUGUGUUGGACCAGUGUAAGAUUUUCUCAUACAUUGCUUGUGUUUAUCGAGAGUUGGGACUUUACCGAAAGCAGGGGUUUAUUACGAGAUUUCAGUUAAUUGCACUUAUGCCCCAAUUGGCCAAGCAAAACCCAAGUAACGUAAAAGAUUUAUUGGAAAGUUUAUUCGACUUGUACCGUAUAAACUCAGAGCCAGAAAUUUCAGCCACUGAUGCUACUCUUCAAUCACAGGGAAACUGGACCUCUUUGCAAAUUCAAGUUUUGAAAUUGGGUUUAAAUAUAGCAGAACAGGCUAAUGAUGAUGGGCUAUUAGUGGGAUUAUGUAUUUUGCUACUUACCAGAUAUGCUCACUGUUUACCUGUAGACGAUCAGAAUAAAUUACUUGGCAAAAUAGAAGAAAGGAAUCAACUCUUGAAAAUGCCAUAUUGGGACCCAUUUUUAGUAAAAAAGGUAAAGUUUGUUUCAACCAAAUUGAAGGAUUCGAUGGUACCGUUUGCCGAACAAGAUGAGGACUCUCUGGAACCAUCUUCGUUUUUUGAUCCUUAUAGUUUCAAGUUUGAAGCAAACUUUGUUGAUCGCAUAGUUCUUAAAGACGAGAUUCAUCAGUUGAAGAUUGUUUUGCAAAACCCAUUUGCAUUUUCCAUUGAGAUACACGAUAUAGAAGUUGUGAGUAAAGGCGUUAAGGUGGAGACCAUCAAAGAAUUGACUGAGUCCAUCAGUAAUUAUCUGAGCAUGAGUGUUCCUAAUUUAACUAAAGUACGAGCAAAUACCAAAAAAAGUGCCACAACAAUAUCAUCAACAACAACAACAACCAACCCUCUUGAUAGUGUCAAAAACUCACUAGUUUUACCGCCAAUGACAACAGAGCAAUUUCUUGUUUCGUUCAAAGCCUCGGAAGUAGGUGAAAUGGAAAUUGAAGGAUUACUUAUCCAGGUCUGUUGUUGUGAGCCUCAGUUCUUUCCCAUUGUUGAUCACGAGAUUGUAACUGAUUCGUUUAGAUUGGAAGGAAAAAAAAGAGGAAAAGAAGCAGAUUACCAGUCUAGCACUUUUAUUUUACCCACUAUCGAUAAUUUACUCUCCAACUUGACCUCCAGUCUCAAAUCAUUCCGUGUAACGCACCGCACUUUACCGUUAACAGUGAUACCGUCUCAACCUCGCUUAAAAAUGAAAGAUAUACUGCUUGAAAAUAGCUGGGCUAUGCUAUUGGAAGGAGAGCAUAUUGAUUUUUCCGUCACUUUGAUUAACGAUUCUUUGGAGACUAUUAACUACUUGUCGUUCUCCUUUUGGGAUUCUGCUCUCAGUUUUAUCAAUAAAAGGCUUUCCCAGCAAAGUUUAAAUGCAGCAGAGAUUUACGAAUUAGAAUGGCAUUUACUAAAUUUUAAAUCAUUUCGGAUAAAGAACAAGCAUAUUCUCGGAGAGAGAAUAGGACCGCGAGAGGAAAUCACGAUUGAAUUCGAACUAACUGGAAGGAAAAUGAUGAGGGAACUGAGAAUAGUUUUAGAUUACGCUCACAAAUCCGAAGCAAGAUCAUUUAUCAAACAUUUGGAGAUUCCUAUUAACACUUCAGUUGUACCAAGUUUGGAAUUGGUCGGGUGCAAUAUUAUUCCCAUGUUUUCAAAAAACACCAUUUUGCAAGAUGCGAGAUUACCCAAGAACGUGGAAAGUUUGCGCCAAUUCAUUAUGAACGAGGCAAAUCCAAAUGAGUUUUGUUUGUUACUUUUGGAUUUAAGGAAUUCAUGGACAAGCAAUUUAAAAUGCUAUUUAAAAUACGACACAUUUGAGCUUAUUGAUGAGGUUGAAUGCAACAAAACCAAAAGACUAUUUCUACCUGUUAGGAAAAUGCAUGCAGUUGAGCGAAAGCCAAUACCUUCAUUACGUCAGAAGCAGUUUGUCAAAGAUUAUAGCUUAACCGAGGAAGAAGAGAAUCAAAUGAAGAAAUUAUUUUGGUUGAAACAAGAGAUUUUGGGUAAAUUGGUAGGCCACUGGCGUGUAAAAAAGAGACGAGGCACAAUAGAUUUGAGGGGUAUCAAAAUGAGUGCAAAAAUGGCAGAUAUUCUUGUGCUAGAAGAUGUCGAAGUUAAAACACGGAUACUCACAGAAGAUAGACUAGAUAUUGACUCCGAUCUGUUGAGGGCUGAUGAAUUUUACAUUUUGCAAACCAAAAUUAUAAAUCACACUAGUGAAUCAAUAAAUGGCUUUGUUCGGCAGCUACCCUUGGCUGCAGUGAACAGCAGCGACAAGCAAUUGCAAACAGAUAGAAAGAUCCUUAUAGAAGGUGUUUUGCAACUGAAAUUCCCUACAGUUCAACCACACUCGGAAAUCACAACUGAGCUAAGUUUUGUCAUUAUUGAAAGAGGCGAAUACGAAUGGGGCACUUUAAUCGAUACCGAUUCGUCCCAACACAUAAACAAGAAACCGCUUUGUAUAAAUGUCCAAUAA